AAAGAACAAAAUAACAGUGUAGGUGUCAGUGAACAUGUGAUCGUGUUUCCUAAAAAGGACAUUCAAUGUGACUUGUUUGGCCAAUCAAAUGCAGCCUUGUCUCUAAAGAGAGGAGAAGUAUCAAGAUUCUUUUCAUUCAACACGGCAAUUUGAACACGAUGACAUCUCUAAACUUUGUUUUGUAUCUGGCAUGUCUUAUCUUGGGAAAAAUGGCUCAAGCAACUGAUCAGAAAUCUUCCUCAUCUCAUCAAGAAAGUAGUUUUGUAUCAGCAAAUGUUGGUGAAAGUUUGACUUUACAAUGUUUCUAUGAUCCUGAUGCUACAACAAGACUUUACUGGUACAAGCAAACUCUCGGGCAGAAACCAAGGCUCAUGUCUACCUUAUUUGUGUUUAAUAAAAAUGGCACAUUUCUUCAUGAAUUCAAGGACAAUCCACACUUCACACUGGAUACUAAACGUGGUAAAAAUCACUUGAUGAUCUCAGAUUUACGCAUUUCAGACUCAGCCACUUACUACUGCGCAAGAAGGUCUUCAUUAAUGAUUGAAUUUGAGGAGGGUACUGUUGUCAGUGUAAAGGGUUCAGGUUUGAACAUCCAAGCUUUGGUCCAUCAGUCGGCAUCUGAGAGCAUCCAGCCAGGAGGCUCUGUGACUCUGAACUGUACAGUACACACUGGGACCUGUGAUGAUGGAGAACACAGUGUUUACUGGUUCAAAAACUCUGAAGAAUCUCAUCCAGGAAUCAUUUACACACAUGGAGGCAGGAAUGAUCAGUGUGAGAGGAACAACAACACACAAACACACACCUGUGUCUACAACUUGCCAAUGAAGAAUCUGAAUCCUUCUUAUGUUGGGACCGAAUGUGCUGUCGCCUCAUGUGGAUGGAUACUGUUUGGAAACGGGACCAAGCUGGACGCUGGCAAUGAGGUGGAUUCUCUUGUCUUGGUGUAUUUCUUGAGUGGAGUUUUGACAUUCACCACCAUCCUGGUUAUUUUACUGGCUUUCUCAGUGUACAAGAUGAAGAAGAGAAACGGCUGCCAGUGUAAAGAGUCUCAGGCGAGAUUUUCAGCUCCCUCCACAUCAGAUGCAGAGGGUCACCAUAAUGAAGAAAACAUCCAUUACGCAGCUUUAAAGGAGCACAAGAUCAACAGAUCUAGAAGACAGAGGAACAACACCGAGGCUGAAUGCGUGUACUCAAGAGUAAAGCAGUAGAACUGUACAUGUUUUAUAUUUGUUGCAGUGUAAUAAGAUAUGCCUUUAUUAGUGUUUCUAGCAAACUCAUAAGACACUGAGAUCAUGUUAUCAGUAUAUUUUUCUUGUGACCAUAGAAUGGAGCAGCCAUAAUUCCCAGAGAUGAGUUGAUUCAACCAGUUAUUUGAGAAAGUAUGUUGGUGAUGGAUUGAAGUAAUAAUAUAUUUAUGUCAAAUUAAAACGUUUUUAAUGUUCUAUCCACAACUCAAGUCAAAUUUUAGCAAAUCAGCAUUUUCACAAGAUGGGCUUCAGAACAAGUGUAUGUGAGACAGAACUGCAUGAAUGUACAUUGGCUGAUCUCAAGCAAAAUUAUGUGACAGGCUGGAUUUACUGUUGUUAAUGUUAAAUUAUGCUAUUUUUAACUUUUUUCACUGGGGCAGAAAAAGGUUGAAGUUGAAACAAAUCAACACAGAAUGGAAAAGACAGUAAAAGUUUUGCUUAUUUCACUUGAGAGAUAUCUGUUUGAGCUGUUUUGUCUUCGCUCCUCUCAGUAGUUUACUGUGGGCGGGGCUUGGUGGAAAUAAGGUGAUGUCACGUAUUUCUGUCCCAAUCAGACUUUUGCUAAAUUUGAAUCAGAAUCUGACGUCAGUUGUUGGGUUGUUGGGUUAUUUUGCCAAGCCACUGUCAAUCACAUCUGUGCAAACCAAACCCACACAGUC